AUGUCCGCGGAGGGUGCGGGGCUGCCGCUGGAGCCGGAGCCUGGGCCGGGACCGGGGUCGGAACCAGGACCCGGGCCUGGGUCUGAGCCUGGACCGCUCUGCCCCCAGCACGGGCAGCCUCUGAGCUGGUUCUGCAGCUCCGAGCGGCGGCCGGUGUGCGCCGCCUGCGCGGGGUUGGGCGGCCGCUGCCAGGGACACCGCAUCCGUCCAGCCGAGGAGCGCGCGGAGGAGCUGCGGAACAAGAUCGUGGACCAGUGCGAGAGGCUGCAGUUACAGAGUGCCAGCAUAACCAAGUAUGUGGCCGAGGUCCUGCCGGGGAAGAACCAGAGAGCAGUGAGCAUGGCCAGUGCUGCGAGGGAAGUGGUUAUCCAGCGGUUGAGUCUGGUGCGGAGUCUGUGCGAGAGUGAGGAGCAGCGAUUGCUGGAACAGGUGCAUGGUGAAGAGGAGCGAGCCCACCAGAGCAUCCUGACGCAGCGAGUUCACUGGACCGAGGCUCUGCAGAAGCUUGACUCUAUCCGCACCAGCCUGGUGGGCAUGCUCACUCAUCUGGAUGACCUCCAGCUGAUCGAGAAGGAGCAGGACAUUUUUGAGAGGUCCGAAGAAGCAGAGGGCAUUUUGGAUCCCCAGGAGUCGGAGAAGUUAAACUUUAACGAGAAGUGCACCCAGAGCCCUCUGCUGACCCAGCUCUGGGCCACAGCCGUUCUAGGAUCGCUGUCAGGCACAGAGGACAUACGGAUUGAUGAGAGGACUGUCAGCCCCUUCCUGCAACUGUCAGAUGACCGAAGGACCCUGACCUUCAGCACCAAGAAGUCCAAGGCCUGUGCAGAUGGCCCGGAGCGCUUUGACCAUUGGCCCAACGCACUGGCUGCCACCUCCUUCCAUGCCGGCCUGCACGCCUGGGUGGUGAAUGUGCAGAGCAGCUGUGCCUAUAAGGUGGGCGUGGCCUCGGGCCAGCUGCCCCGCAAGGGUUCUGGCAGUGACUGCCGCCUGGGCUACAACACCUUCUCCUGGGUCUUCUCCCGCUAUGACCGGGACUUCCGCUUCUCCCACAAUGGGCAGCAUGAGCCCCUGGAGCUGCUGCGGGGCCCGGCCCAGCUGGGCGUGCUGCUGGACCUGCAGGCACAUGAGCUGCUCUUCUACGAGCCGGCAUCAGGGGCAGUACUCUACACCCACCGCGCUUCCUUCCCCACGCCCCUCUUCCCUGUCUUCGCGGUGGCGGACCAGAACAUUUCCCUCGUGCACUGACCUCUGGUCACAGAGAGGCCAGCUCCUCAUUGCCACACCCUUUCAGGCACCUUUCU